AUGUCCAGCAACAUGACUUUGCCCUGGUGGGCAUCGCUGCCAAACUUGACUUGGAAUGUGACCGCCAACUGUUCGUCACUGGGCAACUUUGCGAACAGCAUUAUCCGCACCUCUCCGAAAUUGGACUAUUGCAAUGUCCACAUCAACGCCCUUUCCAAUCUGGUUCAGUCCUCCUUCAAAACCAAUUCUACGGGAGAGCUUGGCUACGGCACACCUCAGCAGAUAGCGUCCUGGUACCUAUCUGCGUGUGGUUGUGUCUCAAAGAUCGCUAAUGCUACUUGCGACGUUGAAACAACUUCGAGUGCCUUGGAUUUCAUAGACGCAGUCCAAUUAGAGCUCGAAAAGUCGGCAAACACGACGUGUAUCGACGAGCUCCGCUGGUCUCUUGGGAUUCAAGGCAACGCUGAUAUCGCGGGUGUUGGGGUUAUGGUCACUUUCUGUAUCGAGGCCUGGCUCAUUAUCGCUUUCUAUGUCGCCAAGGUUGUGGAAUAUUAUGCCGGAAACCGCAUCUUGAAGGCCCUAGAAGAGCCAAAAGACCGCGUCCCAGAUUGGCGGAUGUCGACCUACCGCAGCCUCAUGAGUGCUUUUAAAGAGACCUUGGAAACGUUCUACUCGAGCUCCGUUUUCCUGAGUCUAGGCUUAGUAACUGCCUCGAUCCAUACCGCCGCUGCCGCCUCAGGCAACGGACAAGACAGACAAGUAGAACGAUGGAUGGCUGGCGAAGAUCUCACCGUGUAUGACUCGCAACUCUCGGCUCUGGCAUCGCUAUUCAGUAUUCAGGUCACAUUCAUGGCUAGCUUGAUGCUUCAGGAAGCAGCAAGACGUCGAGGCCUGGUGAUUUUGACCACUGUUGCAGUCUUGGCCCUCUUAGGGGUUCUACUUGUGACGUUGGUCAGCUUGAUAGUGUGGCAAACCGUGCAGCUGCCCAAGGUUGUCGAACAGUUGCUCCAGGACACGCUGCAGAUCACAUAUAUGAAAAAAGGGACAGCCGGAAAGGAAGUACCGUCGACUCCUGAGGCUGGAGAAAGUGAUCCGGAUUCGGAUCCGAGAUCUGAAGAGGAUGGACUAUCGUCGAACCGAACAGGUGGACAGAAGAAACAGCCGCCAACUCAAAUUAUUGGAGACAAAGAACACCAGACAUCUCAAAACGUUGGUGUGGGAGGUUCAUCGCUUGGUCAAACCUCUGGAAAGCGGGAACAGUCGACGCCUUCGAAGGCUGCAAAGGGAGAACAACCACCAGCACAACUCCUCGCAGCCGAGUUCCGGGUCGUACAGACGAUAUUGAUGGGCAUGAUGCUCGCGACACUCGGAAUCUUCUUUGAUUUUCGCGAACAGACUAUCAACAGCGGCGCAGCGGGUGACCCGCAACUCGAAUGGAGCUUCGGGCAAAUUGUGGUUUUGACGACAUGGAUUCCUGUGAUUCUCAUCUUCUGGAGCACAUUCUUCUUUACACUUUGCUUUGAAAUUAUGAUAGCCCCUCAGAAGCGCAUGCCGCCUAGGUCUGGGUCAGACUUCAGGUUUGGUAGGGACCGACUAAGUCGCACCGCUUAA